GUGAUAAAUACGAGGAAAAAUUGGAAAAAUGGGACACUUUGAACUUUUAUUUGUCACAAUAGGAUUUCUGAUAUUUUGGACAAUUCUGGACAUAUUUUACCCUUUUUUAAUAGAAAAAAUAGUAAACUGAAUUUUAAAAAUGUUAAAAAAUAUCAAAACUAUUGGAAACAUAAGUAUGACAAUAUAUAUGUUUAAAUUGUUUUUUUUUAAAAUGAAUCAUAUUUUAUUUCAUCUUCUAGCUACAGUUACAAUACUCAUUCUGGUCAUCUACUUAGUCUAGAAUUCGGCUACUAAUGUUUAUACAUAGAUAUAUCUUUGGUAUACAACGUAACCUAUCUUUUCUUAUAUAUUCUAACCAAAGCUAGGUUACGUUACGUUAUAAUCAAGAAAGAUGUCUUUCUUAUACCUUUAGCUUGAUAACGACAUGUAGCCACAAUGCGUUGAUAUACCCUAUCUAUAUUUGGAGCCAUGAUAUGGUCUGUCUUUUACCUUAUGUGGCGCCUAGGGAAGAAUAUGUUUCACAUCUACUCUACUGUGUUCUGACUUACAUAGGUUAUACAUUCUACAGGAAAUCCGAAAAAUAUGGAAACUUCCAUAAUCGGUUAAAGAUGUUUCCUAAAUCUAAACUAAAUCUUCCCUAAAUAUCUCCAAGAAUAUUUUCUCCCACGUUUUUCUCCUUCUCCCACGAUCUUUUGUCGUCGUUCUUUGUGUUUCUCUCUUCUUCAUCGACAUAAUCAUCUCUCUUUUCUCUAUCAAUACAACAUGGUUCUAAUCUAUGUCAAAUCGGGUGAAUGGAUGUGUAGUCGCGGUGAUGACUGGAGUUUCGUGGUAGACAAAGAAAGGCGUGGUCGAAUGGUAACAUUAGCAACUACUACUACGUUGAAGCAGCUCAAGAUAAUGGUGUGUGAGGAUUAUGGGGUGGACCAUAAUGCCAUUAAUGCCGAGUUCAGUUAUUCGUUGUUGAAUCAAAAAGGGAAUCCUCCUAUUAUUAUCACCAAUGAUCGGCAAGCAUCUAAUUUUGUGGGCUAUGCAAAGAGGGAAUCGUCUACUACCUUGUGUGUGAUGUUCUCUGUUUCUGGUGUAAAUCAAAAGGAACGAGUCAAUAUCGAUUUGAAUAAGGAGCCUUGUGAUUCAAGUAAUGUUGAGGAUGAAGAAGUUCCUGAGAUAAAUCGAGCAGAGUUUGUCAAGCCGUCAAAGGAGUCUUUUGUUAAAAGAACGAAUCAUGUCGCUGCAGAUGGUUGCGGUCCUUUAAGGAGUGAAAACAUUGAACUUUGUCAAAACAAUGGAGACAGUGAUAAGGAUGGUCGAGCUUGGAGAGGAGACUUCGUGAAGAAGGAUCAAAUUUUCACAAGUAAAGGGGUUCUGAAGGCAACAAUGGAAAUUUUGGCGAUGAAGAAUAAUUUCGAUUACACUGUUAUCAAAUCCACGAGAAAAUGGUGGUAUAUUCGAUGUAAGGAUGCAUUGUGCAACUGGACUGUGCGUGCAGAAGGAAUAGAUGGGUCUACAUAUUUCAUGAUCAACCAAUGUGAUGGAAGACAUUCAUGUGCUCCUUCAAAGAAAAGGAAAUUCGGAAAAACAGCAUCAGCAAGAACAAUUGGGACUCUGAUACAACAUCGAUUUGAUGAUGCAAACGAUGGCCCAAAACCGAAUGACAUCAUUCAAUUUAUGAGAAUGGAGCAUAGUUGUGAGAUUACUUAUUGGCACGCUUGGGAAGCUCGUGAGUUUGCUAUUGCAGCUGCUAGAGGUAUACCAGAUCGCAGUUACUCUAAAAUACCAGCAUAUUUGCAUAUGAUUAAAGAAGCAAAUCCUGGUACGCAUACUCACUAUGAAACUAAUGAGAAGGGAAGAUUCAUGUAUCUAUUUAUGUCAUUUGGGCAAUCAGUUAGAGGAUUCUACAAUGCAAUGCGAAGGGUGAUUGUCGUUGACGGAACUUUUCUGAAAAAUAAAUACAAAGGGACACUUCUUGUUGCUACUGCUGUAGAUGGUAACUCUAAUUUGUAUCCGAUUGCAUUUGGGGUUGUUGAUUCAGAGAAUGACGAUUCAUGGGGGUGGUUCUUCAGACAGUUGAAAGUGGUUAUUGCUGAUUGUCAAGACCUAGCUUUUGUCUCAGAUAGAAAUGCGUCUAUUUCUAAAGCUAUUGGGACUGUCUACCCUCGAUCAGCACAUGGAAUUUGCAUUCAUCACUUAUUGACCAAUGUGGUCUCAUUUUUCAAGACAAAAGGAUUGACUGCGUUGGUGGAAAAGGCUUCACGGGCAUAUAGAUACACUGAAUUUCAAGAACGUAUCACCGAAAUUUUUGAUAUGAGUCCUGAGCUUGGAAGAUAUCUACGGGAGGCUGAUGUGCGCAAAUGGGCUCGUUCUCUCUUCCCUGGCUCCAGGUAUGACAUUAGGACCACGAACCCUGCAGAGUCUAUAAAUUCAGUUCUUAGAAUACCUAGAGAAUAUCCGGUUAUUCCUUUGCUUGAUAGUAUAAGAGAACUGUUGACUCGAUGGUUCUAUGAGCGUCGCUUGUUAAGCUCAAAGCAUCUAGAUCCUUUAACCGCUAAGGUGGAGAGAAAGAUUGAUAGGAGAAUUGUGAAGGCAAAAGGAUUCCAGGUUUACAAGGUUGACAACUUCAGAUCGGUUGUAAAAGGAGACAUAUAUGAUUGUCAUGUUGAUUUGGAAAGAAGAACAUGCACAUGUGGUAAGUAUGAUAUAGGAAAAAUUCCUUGCCGACACGCCAUUCCUGCAAUUUAUUCACGAGGUAUGGAAGUGCACAGAUUCACUGACGCCUUAUACAGCACUGCAGCGUGGAGAACCGCCUAUGCAGAUUCCAUUAAUCCAAUAGCAGUUGUAGAGUCAGAAUGGAAUGUCCCUGCUGAGGUUAAACUUGCAAAGGUUUUACCACCAAAGACAAGAAAGAGUGCUGGUCGACCAGUAAAGAGAAGGUAUGAAUCAGUAGAAGACAAGAUCGCAUCUUCUCAAGGAUCAAAGAAGAAUAAAAAGCAUAAGUGUAGCCGUUGUGGAACUGAAGGACACAAGAGAGGAACAUGCGAUUUACCCAUCUAGUUUGUUAUGUGUCUGCAUCUGUCUCUGUUUUUUUCUUUAUUGCUUUUGAAACAAUUUGAUCUUCUGUUUAAGAACUUAUUUGACAAUUUGGUAUUUGCUAAACUAUAGAGACAAAUCGAUUUAUUCUAGUAAUAACCAAAGUAAUUGCAAAAUAAUUCGUUUCAGAAGAUGAUGAUCACCUCGAAAUAACAAGAAACAUGGUCUUAACUUUGAAAAAAAGAAACAACAAGUUGAG